UGCUACUUUGUGCUCUGCUCUUAAUUUAUUCGAUGUUUUGAUUGUGUCUUAUUAAAUGGCUGCUUUUCUAAGUGCUUUUUCCCGCUUCUUUGUUCAUCAGUUUGUAUUUAGUCCUUGAUCGUUUGCUUAUUUAUAGCACUUUUUCAUUUUGCACUUUUUAUAUACAUUUCAAAGUUUUUCAUUAUUUUUUUUUUAGACUUGUUCCCACUCACUCAUUAAUCCAUCUUUCUACAUCCGCCCACUUGCACUUUUGUUUUCCAUUCAACACAGUUUAUGUAUCCCUUUGUUGCUACCACGCACAAUUAGAUUAUUUAAAACUAAAGCAUGGCCCAGAAAUAUAGUGUAGAUUCUCUGUAUAUCAUGAUUUGUAUUGAAAUGUCUCUGUCCUGCAAAUUGCAGAUCGGUAAUGGAGAGAAGCUUAUAAACGUAGUCUUACUAAAUGGAGAAAGACUUAACGUCCGGGUCCCGACCGGGGCUACUGGACAAGACUUGUACAAUACGAUUUCAGAGCAUCUCGGCCUUGCGGAAACGAUCUUUUUUGGUCUUAUGAUAAUAAAAGAUGGCGAACAUGAAUUCUUAGACCUCAACGAUAAAUUGUCCAAAUUAGCAAAAUAUGCGCCACAUCUUUGGAAAGAUGACGUAUCUUGUAAUUCCUCGCUGGUUUUCACAAUCUUCUUCCGUGUCAAAUACUACGUAGAAAAUAUUUGUUUAUUGCAGUAAGUAUAUUURCACUUCAAAUUUUUAGGCGGGAAGCCUUUUAAGACCUGCGUGCAGCCUAACCAAAACUGUCGUUAGGUCAGUUUGCGAUCAGCGACAAAAAUCGUGUUCCCCAGCGAUGUAGC